ACGAGUCACUGGAGUACAUGAAGCAGAAGGAUCUUGCUGAUUCACUGGAAAGAGGUGAGCACAAUGAAUCCAUAAAACGAGCCCAACAGGCACUGAUAACUCAUCUGAAGAAGAAGUUUGAAUGCAUAUUUGAAGCAAAGCAGGGCCAGCCAACCCUCCUCAAUGAGAUCUAUACAGAGGUCUACAUCACAGAGGGGGGAAGUGGGGAGGUCAAUGAUGAACACAAAGUCAGACAGAUUGAGACAGCAUCCAAGAGACAAACCACACAGGAGACUGCAAUCCUCUGCAAUGACAUCUUUAAGCCUUUACCUGGACAAGAGAAACCUAUCAAAACUGUGCUUACAAAGGGCAUCGCUGGCAUUGGGAAAACUGUCUCUGUGCAGAAGUUCAUUCUGGACUGGGCAGAAGGAAAAGCCAAUCAGGACAUUGAUUUCAUCUUCACUCUUCCUUUCCGAGAUCUGAAUCUGCAGGAGAAAAGAGAAUUCAGUCUGAUGCAGCUUCUGCAGCACUACUUUCCACAGCUGAAAGAGAUGAAAAGUGUUGACGGUGAUGAAGUCAAAGUUGUAUUUAUCUUUGAUGGACUGGAUGAGUGUCGACUUCCUCUAAAUUUCCAAAGUAGUAAGUACUGCUCCGAUAUAACAGAGUCAUCAUCAGUGGAUGUGCUGCUGACCAACCUCAUUAAGGGGAAUCUGCUUCCCUCUGCUCUCCUCUGGAUCACCUCCCGACCAGCAGCAGCCAAUCAGAUCCCUCCUGAGUGCGUCCACCAGGUGACAGAGGUACGAGGGUUCAAUGACCCGCAGAAAGAGGAGUACUUCAGGAAGAAAAUCAGAGAUGAGAACCAGGCCAGCAGAAUUAUCUCACACAUGAAGUCAUCCAGGAGCCUCUACAUCAUGUGUCACAUACCAGUCUUCUGCUGGAUUUCUGCUACUGUUCUGGAGACAAUGUUGGGUAAAACAGAGAGUGGAGAUCUGCCCAAAACUCUGACUGAAAUGUACACACACUUUCUGCUCAUUCAGACUAAGGUGAAGAAUCAGAAAUAUCAUGGCACUGAUGAGACAGACACAAAGAAGAUGUCAGCAUCAGAUACAGAAAUCAUCCUGAAACUGGGGCAGCUGGCUUUUCUACAGCUGAAAAAGGGCAAUCUGAUAUUCUAUGAAGAGGACCUGAAAGAGAGUGGCAUUGAUGUCAGUGAAGCUUCAGUGUACUCUGGGGUGUGCACAGAGAUCUUUAAAGAGGAGUGUGGGUUGUACCAGGAGAAGGUCUACUGCUUUGUGCAUCUGAGCAUUCAGGAGUAUCUGGCUGCCUUGUUUGUAUUUCAAUCAUGUGUAAAUGAGAACAGAAAUGUACUCAGAGCAGAAGAAUCAAAACCUCACAGUGACAGAGUGCAGCUGUCUGAGUUACACAGGAGUGCAGUGGAUCAGGCCUUAGAAAGUAAGAAUGAACACCUGGACCUUUUCCUCCGAUUCCUUCUCGGCCUCUCUCUGGACUCCAUUCAGACUCUUGUAGGAGGACUACUGACACAGACAGGAAGCAGACCUGGUGGAGCAAGACGCAAAACAAACACCCUUCUAACUUUGUUUCAAAGAUUACGCAGAAUGACAAGAUCACUUCUACCAGACCCACUGACACAGACAGGAAGCAGACCUGGUGGAGCAAGACGCAAAACAAACACCCUUCUAACUUUGUUUCAAAGAUUACGCAGAAAGACAAAAUCACCUGUACCAGACCCACAGAUACAGACAGAAAGCAGAUCAGAGAACAUUAAGAAAACAGUCCAGUACAUUAAGGAGAGGAUCAGAGAGGAAUCUUCAGCAGAGAGGAUCACCUAUCUGUUCCACUGUCUCAAUGAACUGAAUGACAACUCUCUAGUGCAGGAAAUCCAGAAUUCCCUGAGAUCAGGAAAACUUUCUGAUAAAGAGGUGGAACCAGACCAAUGUUCAGCUCUGGCCUUUGUGUUACUGAUGUCGGAGGAGAUCCUGGAUGAGUUUAACUUGAAGACAUACAACACAUCAGCAGCAUGUCAUCAGAGACUGCUACCAGUAGUCAGGAACUGCAGGAAGGCCAUGAUCCAGCAGUCACUGGAGUACAGCUCUUUUGAUGAGAAGAGUUCAGAUAAAUUAUCUUCCGCAAUAAAGUCUCUCCUGCUCACUCUGAUGAAGCUGAAGAAGGAUGAGAAGUUGAAACUGUUUCAGAGCCAUCUGAGUCAGGAUUGCCCAGAAUGCUGUCUUGACGAUCAGUUUAUGAAGUUUAUUAAUGAAUUGUUCGAAAGUCAUGAAGUUGAUGAUUACCCUGAAUGCAUUGAGAGAGAGCAGGAGGAUCCUGAGGCUGUGUGCAUAGUUGAGAAGUUGCUGGAGACCUGUGGCAGUGAGGGGUUUCUGAAGAUCACACUCCACAUCCUGAGGAAGAUGAAGCAGAAGGAGCUCGCUGAGCACAAUGAGUCCAUAAAAAGAGCCCAGCAGGCACUGAAAACUCAUCUGAAGAAGCAGUUUGAAUGCAUAUUUGAAGGUUUAGCAAAGCAGACAACCCUCCUCAAUGAGAUCUAUACAGAGCUCUACAUCACAGAGGGAGGAAGUGGGGAGGUCAAUAAUGAACAUGAAGUCAGACAGGUUGAGACAGCAUCCAAGAGACAAACCACACAGGAGACUGCAAUCCUCUGCAAUGACAUCUUUAAGCCUUUACCUGGACAAGGGAAACCUAUCAGAUCUGUGCUUACAAAGGGCAUCGCUGGAAUUGGGAAAACUGUCUCUGUGCAGAAGUUCAUUCUGGACUGGGCAGAUGGAAAAGCCAAUCAGGACGUUGAUUUCAUCUUCACUCUUCCUUUCCGAGAUCUGAAUCUGCAGGAGAAAAGAGAAUUCAGUCUGAUGCAGCUUCUGCAGCACUACUUUCCACAGCUGAAAGAGAUCAGAAGUGUUGAAGGUGAUGAAGUCAAAGUUGUAUUUAUCUUUGAUGGACUGGAUGAGUGUCGACUUCCUCUAAAUUUCCAAAGUAUUAAGUACUGCUCCGAUAUAACAGAGUCAUCAUCAGUGGAUGUGCUGCUGACCAACCUCAUUAAGGGGAAUCUGUUUCCCUCUGCUCUCCUCUGGAUCACCUCCCGACCAGCAGCAGCCAAUCAGAUCCCUCCUGAGUGCGUCCACCAGGUGACAGAGGUACGAGGGUUCAAUGACCCGCAGAAAGAGGAGUACUUCAGGAAGAAAAUCAGAGAUGAGAACCAGGCCAGCAGAAUUAUCUCACACAUGAAGUCAUCCAGGAGCCUCUACAUCAUGUGUCACAUACCAGUCUUCUGCUGGAUUUCUGCUACUGUUCUGGAGACAAUGUUGGGUAAAACAGAGAGUGGAGAUCUGCCCAAAACUCUGACUGAAAUGUACACACACUUUCUGCUCAUUCAGACUAAGGUGAAGAAUCAGAAAUAUCAUGGCACUGAUGAGACAGACACAAAGAAGAUGUCAGCAUCAGAUACAGAAAUCAUCCUGAAACUGGGGCAGCUGGCUUGUCUACAGAUGGAAAAGGGCAAUCCGAUAUUCUAUGAAGAGGACCUGAAAGAGAGUGGCAUUGAUGUCAGUGAAGCUUCAGUGUACUCUGGGGUGUGCACAGAGAUCUUUAAGGAGGAGUGUGGGUUGUACCAGGAGAAGGUCUACUGCUUUGUGCAUCUGAGCAUUCAGGAGUAUCUGGCUGCCUUGUUUGUAUUGCAAUCAUGUGUAAAUGAGAACAUAAAUGUACUCAGAGCAGAAGAAUCAAAACCUCACAGUGACAGAGUGCAGCUGUCUGAGUUACACAGGAGUGCAGUGGAUCAGGCCUUAUUGAGUAGGAAUGGACACCUGGACCUUUUCCUCCGAUUCCUUCUCGGCCUCUCUCUGGACUCCAUUCAGACUCUCUUAGGAGGACUACUGACACAGACAGGAAGCAGAUCAGAGAGCAUUAAGAAAACAGUCCAGUACAUUAAGGAGAGGAUCAGAGAGGAAUCUUCAGCAGAGAGGAUCAUCAAUCUGUUCCACUGUCUCAAUGAACUGAAUGAUAACUCUCUAGUGCAGGAAAUCCAGAAUUCCCUGAAAUCAGGAAAACUUUCUGAUAAAAAGCUGGAACCAGACCAAUGUUCAGCUCUGGCCUUUGUGUUACUGAUGUCGGAGGAGAUCCUGGAUGAGUUUGACUUGAAGACAUACAACACAUCAGCAGAAGGUCAUCAGAGACUGGUACCAGUAGUCAGGAACUGCAGGAAGGCCAUGUCCGAAGUGCGGCAGCUGGAGAGUGUAGCACAGACAUCUUCCUCAGAGAAUCAUCAACCUUAAAAUCCUCAAUUUCAC